CCGGGCCCGGGCGGGUGCGCGGCGCCAUGGCGGGCGGCCCCGCGGUGGGGCGGGCGCUGGCGGCGCUGGAUGUUGGUGGUGCAGCAGAUAAGAUUAGUUUAAUACCACAAGACUUCUUUGCAGAAUUGUGUGAACACAUAAUUCAACAUCUGAACCAUAAGAUCCCAGGUGUAAAUGCAGCUGAACUGUGUCAGAGAAUUCAAACAUCUGGGGUUGAGAUUAGUGUUGGUGACCUGGCAAAAAUAGCUAACAUCAUUUCCUUUCUAUUUAGCACAGCAGCCAGAAACAAUCUCUCUACGGAAGAACUGAUGAUCACCUUGGGCAAUGCAGUCAGCACACUGCCAAAACAUGUGCUCCAAGUGAUUCGCCAUGUCUGGAAUGAGCAGGGCAAAUCCAUUAGUGUGUCAGAAGAUGCAAGAAAUGUGGCUGCAGCAGGGCAGUUUGUAGAUAUGAAGUGGAAACUGGGAGUUGCAAUGAGCUCUGACACCUGCAGGUCUUUGAAGUAUCCUUAUGUUACAGUGACACUAAAAGUGGCAGACCCUUCAGGGCAAAUAAGGGACAAAACUUUUGAGAUGACUGUGCCACAGUUCAAGAACUUCUUCAGACAGUUCAAGGAAAUGGCAGCUGUUCUUGAAACAGUUUGAAGACAAGUCUUAUUUAUACUGAAAUUUUGGACAGACUUUGAUCAAGUAAGCUUUCUGUUCUGCACAGGGAAUAAAGUGCCAUUCUUCAGCAAGGUAUGUAUCCUUGUCUUCUCAACAGGUAUUUGCCAGCAUCAUCCUUGCACUGCUGUGAACAUUUCUUCACUUUUGAAUACUUGAUGCAAACUCUGCAGUGUUUGUGAAAAUGUGUUCAGCUUUGUUCAUCCUGGUAGACAAAAGAUCAGGAUGUAUCCAGAGAAGCAUCACUGUAGAUUUUCUAAUAUCCAAGAGUAAGAAACUACACAUUGAACUCUGGAGUGUGGAAAGAGACCUGAAAAUGUUGACUGGGAAGAUGCUGAGAGAAGUGUAAAUCCCAUGUUAACACUUUUUGUCUGUAAAAUUGAGAUGCACUUGGAUUGAACAAUAAUAUUAAGGAGCAUAUGAAAUUACAUGUAACAAGCAUACAGUUAUUCUUGAAGAACAACAGUGUCAAGUAGUUAGUUCCAGGUAUUUUCAGACAUAGGUUUCAGUCGUCUUUUAAUAACUGGAUAAUGUUCUUGUCCUAACAGCUUGUUUAUAUAUUUGUUUAUUUGGUUUUUUUCCCACUACCUGGGCUUACAAAAGCUCAAUUAAUGCAUUAAGCUUUUCUGGAGACCCAAAAUUCAUUCUCUGAAUUGAAGCUCAGAGGCUAAUUUUAAAUAAAGGUAGAAAGGUGAAUUUUAAUUCAAAAGCAUUUUAAUAUAUUUUUGCCUUUGCAUUUAAUCCAGCUCUAAUCUGUGGCACUCUGCUUGAUGUUUUGAUUAACAGUCUGCCUUCUAACUAAAUUAGAAUAUUGAUGUAGUUGCCUCACUCCAAGCUCUGGGCUAGAAUAGUCACGAGGAAACUUAAAUUCAGUCUGGAGUGUUAGCCAAGCACAUCAGAGAAAGGACCACACGAAAAGUCAGCAAGAUUUCUUUGUUGUAAUGUGUGGCAGGCGUCCACUGGACUGUGUUGCAAGUGCUCACUCUCAGACAGUGUCCUAACCAGCAAAGUUUUUACUUCAAUUCUGAAGAAUGGGGCCAUUUCCAAAGGGAGAGUGAUGAAUCCAGUAUGCUUGCAUGGUCUUUUUUUUUUUCAUUUGUUCUUAAGUUUUGAAUAAGCAAAAGAUGAACUGCAAAUACAGUGGCAUAAAACCUAAUGCUGUUGCACUUUGAGAUGUGCUUCUGGUGUAGUAGAGCAAGGAAGUAUAAAGAGAGACAAUUCAUAUUGAUAAACAGACUGAAGUUUAUACUGAAACUCCAGAAUGCUAGAGACAAAGAACCAGUUUUGCUGGGAUCGAUCCUCAAGUGAUUUCAGGUUCCCUAAAGUGAAAACAUCCACUUUUCUAGCCCGCUUUACGAUUUUCAGUGACUUUUUUAGAGGCUGGCUGAAGGCCAUUGAUAAGAGGUUAUGCCUGCCUCUUUUGUGUCAUGAAAAUAAAUUGCAGCACACCAUGUGUGGUCUGCAUGCUGCAAUCCUUUCAGUAAAGAGCUGCACCCGCAGUAUUUGGGCAUCAUGUGUGGUCCAUUAAAACAGUACUUGGAGUUGCUUAGAAGUCCAAAUAAGUGAUGAUGUUGGCUUUAGCAAAAGAUAGUGAAGGUUUGGGGCUGUGGCCAUUGAGUUGGACAGUAUUUCCUUUGUGCUGCUGAAGUUCAAGGUGUUUGCUUUGUGGCUGAGGAGAGCAGGUUGUUCUUUUCUGGGACUCUCAAUGGAAUGUCACAAAACGGUCUUGGGAACAGACUUCCCAUUUGCCUUUUUCCUUGUCUAUCUUCAAAUGCUUGGAGCUGAGCAUAGUGCAAAAAAUUCUGCGUGUGGAAAAGUUAUAUGAGCAGCUGUUUUUUUGUUUUUGUUUUGAUUUGCAGAAGUUGGAGUGUAAGGCUCUUAUAGCUGUAAAACAUUGUCAUGCUUGGGCCUAGUGAAUUAAUUGGCUUACAUGAAUGCAAGAGUUCCAGAAAGAGUGUUUUGUGGUCUGUUUUGUUUUUGUUUUUCCAAUAAAGCUGGAGCCUUACAAGUACUCUUUUUCUAAUGCACUUAAAUUCUUCGUAUAGCUGGAAAUAUUUGUGCCUUCAUUGGAACUGGAUAGAAAAGAAGUUUUAAUUAAGUCUUAACUUUUAGAAGCAAGAAUUGAGUAAAUGGUGGAAGGUAAUGAGAACUUUCAGUUACCAUUUUUGCUUUUUCCAUCACCAAGAAAAAAGUUGGCAGCCUUUGAAAAGUCUAAUGUAGAUUCUGUCGAGUCAAAUAUUCUAGAAAUAUUAAUGAAUAUUUUUUAAAUGUCCCUGAACUCCAGCAUGUUGUAACUCAUGUGGUCACUCUGGCUGGAAGAUGCCUGGACAUGUGUGCUAUACCACUUUACUGUCUGAGAAUUUUCAAAGGCAUUUAUGGACAUCUAGAAGAUGUGAUUAAAAGUUGGCUAUGUACUGAAACUUCUGAGAUUUGUCCUGAUUGCUAUCAGUAGAAAUUCCUGUACUGAGUAAUAGAAGAAUUAAGUACUUUAUUAAAAAAACCAUGAAACUAAAACCCUAACAGUUUGCAGGGUAGCAAUAUUAACAUGUUCAAAUGAGCUGUUGAAUUGUUUGUCUAGAUGUGCAGAAACCAGACUUUGCAUCCUUGUGUGUUCCUAAUUCUACUUUUUGAUUGAUUUGAAAUUGUAUAACAUGAGUAUUUUUCUAAGUCCACAAAUAGUCAUUAAACACAUAGGUAUCAAAGAUAAA